AUGGCAGGCGGUGGUCCAGGUGCAAACUCUCGCGGACGUGGAGGCAAGUUCAAGAAGUACACGCGUGGAGGCGGCAAGCACUUCUCGCGUGACCUCCGCCCCCUCGAUGCCGACGGCAACGAAAUCAGCAUGUGGAGCCAAGAUGCCCGCAAAAAGGGCGGCUCCGACGACGAUGACGACGACGACGACAGCGACGAGGAGGAAGACUCCGAGGAGGAAGACUCCGACGACAACGCUGCAGGCGCAUCCCAGUCUGCCGCCGCGGCCGAACUGAGCCGCGAAGAGCGCAAAAAAGAAAAGAAAGCCCGCAAGGAAGCCGCCAUCGCGCGCGCCAAGAAGCCCGUCGAGGUCGGCGACCUCCCACCAAGCGAUUCGGAGGAGGAUGACGACGACGAGGAUGACGAUGACAUGCCGGCGAACCCGAACCAUUCGCGCAAGGCACGCAACCAGACCAAGGCGCCGGCUCCUGGGGCGGAUGAUGUGGAUGCCGUGGCGGAGGGUGUGAAGAAGUUGAAUGUGGCGCCGAGUCGGAAGGAGCGCGAGGCGUUGGAGGCGGCGGCCGCGAAGGAACGGUACCGCAAGUUGCAUGAGGCUGGGAAGACGGAUGAGGCUAGGGCGGACUUGGCGAGGCUGAAGUUGAUUCGGGAGAAGCGGGAGCAGGAGGCUGCGAGGAAACAGGCCGAGAAAGAGGAGAAGGAGGCCCAGGAUAAGGAGAAGCGGGCUGAGAUUGAGGCCCGUGAGGCCAAGAGGCGUGAGGCAGCGCUUGGUCCCAAGAAGUCCAAGAAGAAAUGA